AUGGAGGCCCUAAUGGAACCGACCGAGCCCCCCACAUGGAAGUUGUUUGUAGAUGGGUCUUCAGGAGAGGCUGGCACGGGGACAGGAAUCGUGUUGGAAAGCCCAGAAGGCCAUUUUCUAAAUUGUGCUGUGAGAUUCGGCUUUAGAGCCUCGAACAACGCAGUCGAAUAUGAGGCCCUUCUGGCAGGUCUAAGGCUCGCUAAGGAAAUGCAGGUCAGGAAGCUCCUAGCAAGCAGCGAUUCUCAGCUCAUAGUAAAUCAGGUAAAUGGGGAUUUCGCAGCCAAAGAUGGUAACAUGCUCGCAUACUUGAAGCUGGUUUUGGACAUAAUUCCCCAUUUCGAAAGGUUCGAACUGACUCAAGUCCCCCGCCUAGAAAAUUCCCAUGCAGAUGCCCUCUCAAAGUUAGCCAGCAGCAUGGACUCAGAGCUUCUAAGCAUCGUCCCCAUUGAGCACUUAUCGAGGCCCUCCACCUUCGAAGGCGAAGAGUUACCGUGGAUAGAAGGCACCCCCUUGUGGAUGCAGCCCAUAAUCACGUAUCUGAAGGAGCAAACACUGCCUGCUUCCAGAGGCGAGGUAAGAAAAUUUAGAAGAAGGGCUGCACACUUCGUCCUUCAAGAAGACAUCCUUUACAAGAGAGGUUUCGCUUCGCCCCUUCUUCGAUGUGUGGACGGCAAGAGGCCACAUACAUACUCAGAGAGAUACAUGAAGGGAUCUGCGGAAAUCACUCCGGAGGGACGGGGAAGCUCAACUUUCGCCAUUGUCGCCAUCGACUACUUCACUAAGUGGGUCGAGGCAGAACCCCUUGCCCGAAUCACCGAGGCCAAUACUACGAAGUUCGUUUGGAAAAACGUCAUUUGCAGAUUCGGCAUCCCCCACUCCAUUGCAAAUGGACAGGUUGAAGCAGUGAACAAAACUAUCAAGCACACCCUGAAAAGGAAACUGGAUGCCUCGAAAGGCACCUGGGUUGACGAACUCCCCCACGUCCUCUGGGCCAUCAGAACGACUUGCCGGACUGCAACCGGCGAGACCCCAUUUUCCAUGACCUACGGAGCCGAAGCAAUGAGUCCGGUCCAAGUUGGGGUCCCAUCACAUCGACGGAUACAUUUCAAUGAGAUCAGCAACGAUGAGGCGCGCAUAAGUGAACUACACCUCCUUGAGGAAAAGAGAGACGCUUCCCAAAUGACCUUGGCAAAAUAUCAUCGCAAGAUGACCCACUUUUACAACUCCAAGGUCAGAAACAGAACUCUCCGCUUGGGCGACCUCGUCCUCAAAAGAGUUUUUCAAUCUUCAAAACCAACCGGGUCAGGAGUUUUUGGCCCGAACUGGGAAUGCCCUUACCGCAUUCGGGGGAAUCCCGACCUGCUAGGUAAUAGUUUCUUCAGUUCUUCGGAAGGUUCAUUUGAGCGAUCCGAUCGUCAAUUAUUAGCUGAUUACCAAGCGGUUCCUCGUGUUUCGCCAAUUGCGGACCGGUUCACAAUUGUUAACUGA